AUGGAAGGAAACGGACCAGAACAACAGUCUCGAGAAAAUAACGAGACUGGAGUACUUAUCGAGACCCCAUCAGUUCCCACCACUCACCAAUCCAUCGAAGUCGACGCGGUUGCUGCAAACUCAUUGUCGGGCGGUAAUGAAACCGCCGGAGAAGACUUGGAGUUAGAUAGAAUUGUAAUCCGAGAUAGCAUUUAUGCACUAUUGAUAAACCAUCCGGAAAGAGCGGAAUUCCACAUCAAAGGUCUUGCAAAAAUGGUGGCGUAUAUGGGCAACCCGGACGUCAGCCUACUCGCUCCCGAAGACAUUUUUCGUAAUUUGAAGGAGGCGGAGCGUGCGGCAGAACGCGAAAGGUUAGAAAUGGAAAAGGAAAAUCAGUAA